UUAUGUCAUUCAGCCCAUCUAAGGUUUGCUUUACGUAUUGAAUUUCGAAUGAAGUUAGUGAAUCUUUGGAUUCGUUCGCGUUGUGACCUAUCGUUGAACAAUAGAAAAUAAUCAUACGUGUCUCGAAAAAUAAAAAAAAAUUUGCUGCCAUCCAUAUCAAGUCAAGUGUACAAUUACAAAAGAAAAUAUUUGAAACCCAAAGCAUAAACCAAUCAAGAUGUCACAACAGCAAACAGUUCGAAUUACGACAACCGAAACUACCAAUUCUUCGGCCCUCAUUAUAAAUAGUGGCUAUUUAUCGACGAUUCCCGGUUUAUUAAAAGUUUCGCAAUUUAUUUUAGGUUGCAUUUGCGUGGGCAUCAUUGCGUAUCAUUUCAAUGAUCGUCACAUAUCGACUACAUCUGAACUGUUUUAUUAUUUGAUGUGCGUUACAUUCUUGAUAUGCACAACCAUUCUGUUGGUGUCGUGUUUGAUCUCUUGGUCAACAGGUGGAAUUAUUUCCAAGACAAUCUACGAAUUGAUCUAUCAUUGUGUCGCGGCCAUUUUGAUCAUAAUUGCCUCGGUUGCUCUAAUCGUUGUUAUCAAUGACCGCAGCGUAUCUCACAUAUAUCGUCCCAUUUACAAAGAACUCCUGGCUGCUGGCGUCAUUGGACUUAUAAAUGGAUUGCUAUAUGUUCUCAGCACAUUCUACGCCCGUCGCUCAUACAAAGGCAUCUAAAUGAUGAUGUCAAUAUGAUAGAGCAGAAAUCGAAAGAAAGACAACUUCUAAUUUUAAAUAAUUAUUUACAAAAAAAAAAAAAUUCUACACAAAAUAAUAUUCAAUAUCACAAAUUCUAUUCUAAAUAUUAAACAAAAUGCAAAUAACCAACUCAAUUUAUGAGCAGUAUUAAGCUAUAAGUUAGAAGUACAGUUACAUCGCUAUUCAUAUAUGUAUAUCUUUAGAAUGUUCCAUUUGAGCAAAAAAUAAAACUUUUGUUUACUCCAAGAGCAUAAAUGAUUGCAAAAUCAAUAAAUAUGUGUGCAUAUAAAUGUAUACUCUCCUUUUAAAUUUGCUUGAAAA